AUGGAUCUCAGCACUGUAGGCACCGUCGUUGAGGCUCUGGUUGCAACAUACGCAGCUGGCCUAGAAUACUACACCAAAUGGCAACACCGAAAAUGGCAGGAGAAUCAUUAUGAGAAUCAUGCCAGAGGAAAUCUAGGCCGAACUAAUACAUGUGCUUUAAGCACGUCUUUGAGUUUCUCCCCAAGCAAAAUUAAGGAGGCAUUUGAUAGUGGGGUAGAUAUCUUCGGCACUGGGUUCUCUGUUGGAGACGAUGUAUGCCGCGAGAGCUUAAAACGCGACCUCGAACGUCUACAAGAGCGCAUAUAUGCUCUACGCAAAGCUACUCGUGCCGACAACGGCUCACUUGAGCUCUUCGAAGUUAUUCGUGUGUCGGAAAGUGUUCGUAUAUCCUGCUUGGCCGCCUUGGCUAGUCAAUAUAAACGAGUUGCCGUUGGCCGUCUAGUGCCACAAAUCCUGCCGGGAGUCAGACGGCGGUCGAGACUUAGUGUUAUACCAUCCGAAGAAGAUAUAGCCAAUCCGGUCGCCGAUAAUAAAAGUAGCAGUAUUGAUGGCGACGCAGCCGGGUACGCACAGUCAAAAUAUGGCGGAGAAAGCCCUAGCAAGCCGCCGAACUCUCAAUCAGAACCACCGUCCCCGCCACUAACUCCCAAGCAAGUUCCAGACGAUAUUCAAUCAAUCCACACAACGAUCACAUCUGAUUAUGGUCUGCAACCAAAGAAUAGCGUGUUCAGCAUGUUUUGCCCUGAGGCAUUAGAAUAUCAAGUUAAUCUUCAAAAAUCAAUGCCAGAAAACCAGAACUGCAGAUGUGGGUAUGAUUGGAACGGGAUGCAGACUGAAGAUAAAACCGCCUUCAUAGUGAAGGAAGGGUUUGAGAUUACAGCCCGAUUCCUCGGGAAAUCACAUUGUGACGGCGGGUUUGGGUGCGUCUUAUGUACCUCUAGCGGCAGAACAGAGAGGUACGCAAGCGUUGAAGAUUUGAGGGAUCAUAUUAACGCUUCCCACACUAAGUGGAAAUUACUUCACGAUCAAGACAUGGCCGGCCAAUACGUAGAAAGUAGCAGUUCGACGGCCUCCCCUACAUCAUCGGGUUAA